AUGAGCCGUCGAAAGAUCCCUGAGCUGGACACGCCCUUCUCCAGCGUUGAAUGGCCCAUGAUAUCCCAAGAAGAUCAGGAUACAAUUCUCGAACUCCUUUGCUCCCUUCUUGCACCGCUUGGCCAACACCGUCACGACCACGUUGAGCCGUCUCGGGGCAAACGCAGCCGGAGACGAUCCCGGCAGCGCUCCAAAGAGAACGGCAGCGGCGGUAAGGCAGACGGAGGCGCCUUCUUGAAAGAGGAAGUAAGAGUAAAGACCGCGGGAAAACCAGAAACCAAGGAUCCCAAGGACGACGUCCCGCCCUUUCCUGAGCUGGUACGAUUUGUCGAUGUCGGGCUGGUCAGCAUUACGCGGGAGCUGGCCAAAAUUGCCACACCAGGCGCCACUGUCCCGGUUACCAACGUCGAUCCAAACGCAACACCGUCGAUUCCAUCGACAUCUCCAUCCUCAUCCACACCGUCCUCCCCACCCAAAUCCCCCACUCCAUACACAGCUGUCUUUAUUGUCCGAUCCGGUCAUCCGUCGGCAUUCUACUCGCACUUCCCACAGAUGGUGGCUGUGGCCUCGCAGCAGGGAGCGGCGUCGGUGCCGCCGUCUCCGCCAAUCCGUCUAGUCGGAUUCUCUCGCGCAGUCGAGGACCGCCUCAGUGCCAGUCUAGGUAUUCCGCGGGUGUCCAGCAUUGCCCUCCGAGCAGGGGCGCCACAGUCACAAGGUCUUCUCACCUUUUUAGAGGAGACAGUCCCAGCUGUCGAUGUUCGCUGGUUGAAAGAAGCACAGGCCGGACAAUACCGCGAGACACAGAUUCGGAUGACCGAAGUCAGCGUCGGUCCCAAGCGGAAGAAGAAGGUAUAG